AUGUCCUCUCAUGGACCAACUCAUCGUGCCUUUGCUGUCACUCAUCAAAGAAUCACACUCGAUAUCAAUCUCAAUGGUCAAAUUAGAGCUUCAACUGAAAUCGUCAUAGUCCCUCUAUCAGAUCAGCUACAAACUGUUCAUCUUCAUUCUACUUCAACACAUAUUAUCUCAGUUUCUCAUCCUGCUCAACCAACUCCUUCAAAACUCGAUUUCAUCCUCAACGAACCACCGCCUGUCUCGAUUCCUGAUCCACGUUCGGUCAAACAAUUCCCAGCAGCUAAACGUCAUCUUUUUCAACGCGUUAAUGAGAACGGAACAGGACAAUUUCCACAUGUCUUUAUAAAUUCAAUUUCGGCUAGGUCUUGGAUCCCUUGUGUUGACUCUCUAUGGGAAAGGUGUACUUGGGAACUUGAGUUAAUCGUACCUAGAUCGGUUUCAACAAAUGAACAUCCGAUCACAGUGAUUGCUUCUGGUGAAUUGAUCGAACAAGUCGUCCAUCCAUCCGAUCCUUCAAAAACUAUCUUUCAUUACUCUCAAUCGAUUCCUACCUCUGUUCAACAUAUCGCUUGGGCUGUUGGACCAUUUGUGGUAUCAGAUCUUACCCCCAAUUCUUCAUCUCAGAACGGAAGCCCAGUCAAUGAUCAAGACGAAGAAGAACUUGAAAAUCAACAAGCUGAAAAGUUUGUAGAGAAUGAUUCAUGUAGUCAAAUCAAAUCACACGCCUUUAGUUUACCAAAUCAAACGGCAGAAUUACACCAUACUUCGGAUUUUAUGCUCCAUACUCUCACCUUCUUUACUCAAGAAUACGGCUCAUAUCCCUACUCAUCCUAUAAACUUGUCUUUCUAGAUAUGUUCUCUGCAACUCAUUCGAUCGGUGCCUCAUUCAACUCAGCUACCCUUACCUUGUAUCCAUCCGAUUUACUCUAUCCAUCUGAUGUCAUUGAUCAAGUUUACGAAACCAAAUCUUUACUAGUUCAUUCCCUCGCCAGUCAAUGGAUCGGAGUCAAUAUCAUUCCUAAAUCACCCUCAGAUACCUGGCUUAUCAACGGACUUUCCCUCUACAUCACUGCAAUGUAUUUCAAACGGGUCUGGGGACUUAAUGAGUAUAGGUUCAGGUUGAAAAAAGAUAUGAUGAGAUGUGUUCAACUUGAUGUCAAUAAGCCACCGAUGUGUCAGCCUGGUCUACCUGACUCGGUCGAUACAGAAAUGCUAGGAUUUGUCAAUCUGAAAGGAAGUUUGGUCCUGUAUAUCCUUGUUCAACACCUCAGGCGGUCAGGUGGAGGGACAUCCUUAGGGUUAAGUCGAGUGAUCCCCAAGAUCUUCCUUUCGGCAAUUUCAGGGGGGAUGCGAGAUAGUCGUUUAUCAACUAAUAACUUUUUAAGAACUUGUCGUAAGUUGAGUGGGAAUGAUAUGAAAUCUUGGGCCGAUCAAUGGAUUUAUUCAUCAGGUUGUCCAAUCUUUGAAGUUGUCACUCAAUUCAAUCGUAAGAAGAUGGUAAUCGAACUCACCAUGAAACAAAUCAAUCGAGCCAAAUUACAUUAUGAUAAUGAGAAUACGAGCUGGGAAGAGAGAUGUGACUUGAAGCCGUUGGACCAUUUCGAAGGCCAAAUGUCCAUCAGGAUACAUGAAGCCGAUGGGAUUUCUUAUGAACACGUUUUGGAUGUCAAGGAUCAUUCGAGAAAGUACGAACUUCCGAUCAACACCAAGUACAAACGAGCCAGAAAGUCUAUCAAACGAUAUGCAAUGACCAACCCAACAGCCGAAACAGAGGAAGAAGCAGAUGAUCGAUUCACAUGGAAACUAUGGGAUCGCUCUAAAGAAGAGAGAGCACGUUGGAGGGUGGAAGAUUGGACCGAGGAUGAAGAACAAAUGAUGAUGCAAAGUAUGUUUGAAUGGAUUCGGUUCGAUGUUGAAGCAGAGUGGAUUCGUGAUUUUCGAUUCGAAAUGAAAGAGUAUAUGUGGAUUGAACAAUUACAACGUGAUAAGGACGUCGUUGCACAGUUAGAAGCGAUUGAAGCGUUGAAACAAUUACCUUCAAAUGUUGUUUUGAGUCAUCUGUGUAAGACUGUCUUGACUCCGGAACACUUUUUCAGGAUCAGGAUAGGGGCGGUCUAUGCUCUUGUAUCUGUUCGUAGUUUUACAUCUCUCUUUCUUCUCUGUUCGACUACUAUUUCACGUCAUCAUUGUCAUUGCAUGUUUUUUGGUCGCAUACCAAAAAUGAAGGCACCCUGUACCAGAGGCAUUCUUCAUAUAACAAGUGCUCAUCCAAUGAAAACUAUGCACCACAAGAUUUGUAUCAUUCUUCAUACUUUAGUUGACCUUAUGUUUUUUUCAUCUUAUGUUUGAUUACUAUAUACAAAAAAUCAGUGUGUUACGAGACAAUGCAACUACCUUGGCCUGUUCCAUCUAUUGAAACUUUUUCAAACUCGAUACUGCUUCGCACCGCAAAAAGAGUCGGCAGAUCCUUUCGAAAUCAGAGCAAUUCCAAAGACCAAUCAUUUUGGAAAUCUAAUUGAAUGCUUUUUACGCAAAGCUAUCGUCGUUGCUUUAUCGAGAGUUCGAGAUCAUAACAAUACUUCACCGAUCGUCUGUCAGCAGUUUUUCCUCGACCAACUGACUUAUAAUGACAAUUCAAUGAACCCGUAUUCAGAUGUGAAUUACGUCUCAACGCUGAUUUCGGCUAUGACGGACUGUUUUAUGCAUAGUGCAGAAGGACCGUCACUAGACAACGGUAGUGAACUCUUUGGGAUGUCAUUGAAGAAACGAUCGCAAGAUGUCGGACGGUGUUUGGUGAUGGAUCGAUUGGUACCAUCUUAUCGGAACUUGGUGACCAUGGCGGUUAUCGAGACCAUGAAAGCUAAUGAGUACGAAUUCGAUCAGUCUAAAUUGAAGAUGAUGCUAGCUAGUUUGAUGCCUGUGGAUAUCAUACCUGGAAAUUAUCCACCGAUUCGGAUCUUUGCUUUCGAUUGUUUACUUCUCUUACGAGCUUUUCAAGAAAAGGCGAUUGUCAGAUACAUGUUUUUGGUGAUGAGAGAUGAUAAGUCUCUAUUAGUCAAACGAAGAUUAGCAAUGGGUUUGGUUCAAUGUUUACCAAUCUUAGUCUUAAUGGAAGAACUUGCGGUUGAACCCAAGAAAGGUGGAUUUUCAAUUAUAGAUGAUCCUACUGAAGUGGCUGCCAAAGCGAAAGCUAAAUUUGAUCAUAAGAACAUUACUAAGCUCUUAAGGGCUGAGGUUGGAAGAGCUUUGAUCUUGAGAGAUUGUAUUGUUUCUGUUAUGUUAGAUCCUAAUGUGGAUUUAGAUGUACAAACACGUCUAAUCAAAAUCUCAGAGGUAUUAUUCAAACCAUCCGACGAAUCAGUACCACCCAAGUUGGCCUUGGAGAUACCCAUGAAUGUUGAACCCUCUGCAGAGAUAUUUACGCCUAUCUUGCCAAAAAUCAAGAUACCAGCACCUUCUAGUGCGAUUGAACCCAUGCCCAUGGAGAAGUUAUCAUCACCUAGAAUAGUCAUCAAGGACCGGAGUCAUUUGAUGGGUGAACCAGAGAUUAUCGUUCAAUCAGGAGCCCCUGCGUCUGGGAUCGUACAACCUGAAGGUACACGAAAAUUGGUUGAAUUGAUCAAGAAGCCUAAACCAGCACCCAAACCUAAAAAGUUUCAAGCUUCAGGAAUGACCAUACCAGAUCAUAAGCUUUGUCAAAGUAUCUUGAAGAAAUCGGUUUCGAACCCGUUGGGAGCUCCGUUUAGGAAACCUGUGGAUCCUAUACGACAGAAUGCGCCUGAUUAUCCACUCGUACUCAAACAUGCGGAACCUAUGAAGACGAUGUUCAACAAACAAUGGGAGCGAUCCGAAAAGACAAUGAGUGCAGUACAAGCCAAGGGGAUCGGAGGCGCUGGAGCCGGUUGGAACAAGUCAAUGGACCCUAAGCCAAUCUUAGCUUCUAGUAUUGCUCCUCCACUUGCACCUCCACCAUCAUUUGCGGAUUUCGCAGCGGGUGCUCCGAUGAUUUCAGCUCCACCUACGCUCCCGCCACCUCAGACACCUUCUAUUUGGUUCACAGUUGGCUGCACCAGCGCAAGACAGUCCGACCAUGCCACCACCUACCUCAAAGACUUCAUUAAAAUUGAAGACCUCCGACUGAUUUUAGAAGACGGAUUGAUUGUUGGAGGAGAAAGAAGAAGGAAAGUAGGAAGAAAGGUUUAUAGGUUUGGAGUCAAAGUGCCUGAGUUGAAAUCAAUUAAGUUUGAAAGUUAUUUGAUUAGAUCAGAUUCGAUGUCUUUACAACAAGGAUUAAAGUAUUCACCAUUUUUAAAUUUAGAUGAAGUUUUACCUAGCACUUCAUCGUCAAGUUCGUCUUUAAGUGUAGAAGAGAAUAAGAAGCAAGGAAACGUGGUACAGGAUGAUGAUGAGUUUGGAAAAGAUUGGAUCGAGUUUGAUCCAAGGUUAGAAGAAAUCAAAUCAUUGGUCACCAAGAGAGAUGAGUUUGGGAUGAAUAGUGGGUAUUUUGAUUUGGUUGAUGAACUUGAAGGUUUAGAGGAUGAAAUGAAGUUAAAAGGUGAAGGGAAAUCUUUAAGAGGACUUAUGUGGGAAAGAGUGGUUUUAACUAAAGAAGAAAUGAAAGAUUAUUGGGUGAGAGAAAGAUGGGGUCUAGUGAAAUGGUGCAUGAUGAUCAGUUUUUCUUUUUGGAUUGAGUUGGGGGUUCUUUUGUUUUGA